UAAUAACAUGUAAUAUAAAUAACUUCUCUCUUCAUUUUUUGAUUACACUGUAACAUUGAAUUAAAAUCUUCUUAAGAUGCUUAAAUACGUAACAAGACGAUUCAGAGAUACCUAUGAGAAAGGUUGUAAUAUUUUGUACACCAGAAAAACUUGGACGUACACAGAGAAAGAAAAUAUACACAUAGAGAAGUCUCAAUCUCCUUCAGCUGAAGAUAACACAGGAUCGAAGAAUUCUGAUGAAUAUCCUAAAAACGAUUUUGAUGCUGGAAAGUACCAAACAUCAUGGUUGCAAGCUGUUAAAUGGAGUAGUGCAUUUAUUAUCAGCUGGUAUGCUACUCAAUUUGCAUACCUCAACUGCAAACGCAGCUGCAGAGCCCGCUUGCAAAACUCUUUCUUGUGUGUCGGACAUAAUUAUAAUGUAAACCAUAAUAUUUUAUCUGGAUUAUCAUAUGUGCAGCCGAAAUUAAAUCAGCAACAUGCAUCAUUCAAUGUGUACAAUGUAGGAUAUGAAACGAAGCAUCAAACUUCACUUCAUAACAAGCCUGAAAACCAAAAUGAUUCUGUUAACGAAACAUCAUUUGAAGAGGCUUCUGAUCAUUUUGAAAAAAUUGUUGGCCAAAUUGAAAAUAAGUUAGGUGUUGCAAACAUAAUUUCUGGUGAUAUUAUAUCAGGGCUCUCUCAGUUAAAGUCGGGAGCUGUCCAUGGCAAUGCCGCUGCUAAUUUUAAUCUCGGUUUAUGCCAUGAGUUGGGCAUUGGAGUAGAAAAGAAUUUUGAACAAGCUGAAAAUUAUUAUUGUGAGGCCGCCAAGAAGGGACACACAGAUGCAAUGUAUAAUUUGGGAAUAUUUUACAUUCAAGGCAGGCCAGGAAUCAAAAUUGAUUACAAUCAAGCAAGAAGAUUUUUUUUUGAAGCAGCACAGAAAGGUCAUUCAAAAGCUGCAGAUGCUUUAAAAAUGGAUCCGAUUGGAUAUUUAGUGAUGCAACAAAAUAUUGUAAAUAUUUCUCAAAAAACCAUCAGUAUAUAA